GCGGUCGCACGUACGAGCAAAGCGCACGAAGCGAACGCGAAGAAACACGUUUCAAUCCGCAAGCACCGCGCGCACAGUUAAAUUUAAGUUACUUUCAGUUGACUGUUGAUUUAAGACACUUAAAAAUCUACCGAAAGUGACUUAAAAUUUUAGUGCCUUAAAUUUAAUUAUCAAAAAAAUUCUAGUGACUUAAGCCUUAAAUCAUCUCAGUAUAACUCAUGUAAGUGAACAUUUUAAAUCAGAACAAUUAAAAACUAGAAGAAAAACAGUGGUAUUAAAUAAGUAACGUGUGCACUUGCUGCGCUUUCAUUAAAAUUUAAAAUGCAAAUGCUGUAAUUACGCGUAAAUUAUUUAAUAGCAAGAAAAGAAAUUGGCAGUGACAAGAAAUGAUUAGGUUGGCGCAUCCAUGAAGCAAAGAAUCGAUUUAUGUUUGCUCGCGAGCGUAAGAAAUUGUUAAGCGUGGAAAAAAUUACGAAUCGCAAGAAGUAAAAUAAGUAAAAACUUCAGAUAAUAAAGAAGAAUCGCGUGCGUGCUGCGUUUUCACGUUCAAUUAAAAGUUGCAAUAUUUAUACGUGAAGCAUUAACGUGGAAAUCGCGUGAAUAUGAAAACUAUAACUAAAUUAAAUUAAAAUAACAAUCGGACAUAAAAUAAAGUUGUAAUACGUGCGGUUUAAUUAAAUUAUUAUUUCUAUUUUAAUAAUAAAUUUUGGUUUAUUGGAAAAUUGGGAAAAUUUCCGAAGCUGUGCAUUGAUUUAUAAGUUGUCAAAAUUAAUGAAAUGCCACAUCGGAGAGUUCCACGGCUGCAAGCAACAUGUUGAGAUGGAUGGGCCAACGCAGAAAGGAACCAACAGAUGGCGCCACCCCGCAGCAAGACAAGAUGGCGUCCAAAAUGGCCGCCGGCGACGACGCAACGAAAGAAAAACUCGCUGCAAGAAAAAACUCCAAGUUCGCAAUGAAGCGCUCGGUAUAUUUACCGCGCGUUGUGUUAAAAGCGGGCGGUGACACUUCCUCAAACGGAAAACCGGACAGAAUGAAAAAUGUCGAUCAUCUUCCUGAAGUUGUCGACCAAAACAGUGAUCAAAAUCAGGGUUUUAGCAAAGAAUUCAACGAACCAGCGGAGGAUGCAUGGUCGGAAAACUUUUAUCUGCGAAGUGAUAAACGGUUUCGUGGGAUUAAUCCUUUAUAUGUGGAUACUUACAAAAUUCGACGUUCGUCAAGACAAAGCACGCCAUCUGGUGAAAAAUCAUCGAGUUCCGGUUAUGGCGGAUCUAACCUCUAUAGCUCAUCAAGUGAUCAUCCAGAACAGGAUCAGCUCUAUACAGAAAUGAAAACUAAAAUUGAUGGAGUCUUGGAGCAAAAUCCAAAUUAUGUAAAAUCUAUACAAGUAGCAAAAAGGAAAAACAAAUCAACGCAUUCAAGUGGGACAUCAUCAGGUACUCUGAGUACAAUCCCGGAAGGAAAAAUUGAUUUUACAAUACCACGUCCAAUAUGGCCGCAGUUUGCUGGCCGGAAUCCAAACAUAAACCAAAGAACCUCAACCUCCAAUCAAGAAUAUGACUCCUUGGUAGAUGAAGCAGUCUUGUUGUACACGUCCCUAAGUAAUCAUCAAGGUCAAAUUAUGCAAAAUGGCGACCAGCAUAUGAAUCCACAUCGUUCCGAAAGUAUCAAGUCAGAGUUUUCAGUCAAGGAUGUUUUGUUAGAGUUGUUGAAUCAUGUGAAUGCUACAAUUGAAGGUAAAGGUGUCCUCACACCGGAAGAGAUGUUAAAGAGAGUCAAUGAAAGAAUCAGUGAUAGUAUUGAUGCGUUGAAAAACGCAACCGAGGAAGAAAUGAGAAUGUUGUGUAUAAAUUUAAGAAAUUCGAAAAAAGUUGAUUCUGUUGUAAGAGCAUUCAGUCAUUCUUCAUCGAGUGGUAACUCAAGUCAAAGCUCACCCGAAUGGAACGCACAUAGACUUCGAGGUCCUUCAAGGUCAUCAUCAAUGGAAACCGAAGAUAUCUACCAUUUGCCAUCAUCAUCCAGCAGUGGUUUCUCAGAUUGUAUGUUUAACAAGGACGGAAUGACAGUUAUAAAUAAUCAACACCCUCAACUUUUGAAUCAUCUAACUUCCGGUUUACCAUCUGGACCGUUACCAAUGUUUGUUCAUGAUGACCUUGCAAGUGUCCCGAAUGGAGUACGCAAUGCGAUGAUUUACGGUACGCUUUGUCGAAAUGGUAGUGCACAUGUGCAUGCGCAUGCGCUUCGCGGCAGUAAAAUGACAGCCAGUGUAACGGACGUGAAUAGCGCGUGUGGUGCAUCCGGUAUAGAUAUAAACGCGGUGGAUGUUAUAUCGGACUCAUGCGGUGGUGAAAAUGUGUGCGCGCGGAGCGACGGGUUAAAGAAGAGUUUAUUGAAGGUGGACGAUGAUAAACCGAGCGUCUGGGAGCAGUAUUAUGGGGUGAACGGUGUCAAAAUGCGAAUGGAGGUUAUGGAGACGGACAAAGAUGGCGGCGAUGUCAAAAUCGAUUUGAAUUAUGUGCCAAAACCAACGGAUGUUCCCAUUUUUCCUGGUGGACGGCCGGAAGCUGAUUUCACGCUGGACGUUCCUCGGUCAGAGAUGCUGUCAAAACGAAUGAAGGAAGAUAAAAAAUGGCGGUGUCGUUGCCGAUUAUUGACGUCGUUCCUUGGCUUGGUGUUUUUUCUACUCUCCGUGAUGGCCGUCAGUCUGAUGUUGACCAAAGGGCGUAAAAUGUUUGGAUCAAUGGCUUGAUUUAAUUGUAUUUCAAUUAUAACACUAAUUAUCAGAACAUGGAUAGUAGCCAUUUGUAAUUCCCAAAAUUAAAUUGGUUGCCUGAA